CUGCGCCUUUGCUUCAUUUCGCGACGCUGCCGUGUAGCAUCUAGCGCGUAGGUAUAUUAUUGUGUGGCUACUUUUUGUCAUAUUGUGGCCGCCGGAAUUUUAGGAAAAUGGCAGACGUAUCUGACGAAAACCUCCAAAAAGAAAUUUUAAAGAUUCUUGAAAAAGCAAACUUAGCAAAAACAUCAACCAAGAAAGUGAGACAGAAGUUGGAGGAGGUAUUUGACACUGACCUGACUGAUAAGAAAGAGUUGAUUGACCAAUAUGUUAUGGACUAUGUCAAUAAAAUGGAUUCAGAGAAUUCAGAUAGUGCUGAAGAAGAAUCUGAUGAAAAGAAAAAGCCUGCACCCAAGAAAAGAAAGAAGAGGAAGGGAUCAGAUUCAGAUAGUGAUUGGGUGAAGAAAAAACCUAAAAAGCAGGCUGCAGCAGGGGCCGGACGUGGCAAAGGCAGUGGCUACACUCGCGCAUACAAACUAUCACCAGCCUUAGCUGAAUUAAUGGGGCAGGAAGAGAUGCCACGACACGAAGUUGUGAAACGUGUAUGGACCAUCAUCAAAGAGAAAAACUUAUAUGAUCCCUCUAACAAACAAUAUGCCAUAUGCGAUGAAGCCCUUUAUAAGGUUAUAGGCACUAAGCGAUUCCGAACAUUCGGUAUGAUGAAAUAUUUGAAAACCCAUUUCUUAGAUUAAUUAACCAUUAAUUAAGUAGCUACUAUGAGCCGUGGUAAAGCCAUCAAAGUUUGCUUGCUCGCUUGACAAUCUUUCGUUAACAUUCUUGUGUGGGAAAUAGUUACUUUUAUUGUGACUUCCAUCAGUAAUCUGUAAUUUUUUAUAGCAAUCCCGCAUCCAUGAUGACUUUCAUGGUCGCGACACUAGAUGACACUAGACUGCGGUUACUGAAAUAUAAUUGCUAUUAAAAGUUAUAGGAGUAGCCACGCUUGACAUAAAACAGCUAAGAAAAUUUAUUUUAUAGCAUAUUAUUUGUCAAACAUUAAUUUAUGUAUUACAUGCAAGGUUUUGAUCUAAACUUAGAUAUUAAUAGGAUAUUUUCAUUAUUAUGCAAUUUGUACUCUAGGUACCAUUUUUAUAUUUUAGUUUCAGCAUAUAUUGAAGAAUUAUGUUUAUACCACAAAUCUUACACAUAAUUCAUUUAUUAAGAACUGGAAGAUUCGGAUAAUGUUUAAAUUGUAAACUAAUCCUUAUAUUUUUGUUCCUAUAUUGUUCCUUUUGAAAUUUUAUUUCAUUAUUUUCUUACUAAAAUAAUUAAAAUUGAUUGUUUUUGUUUGCGACAUAUAUGCGAUCCCUCCCAAGCAUUCGGUGAUUUAUAUCUAAGAGUAAGCUAAAACAAACUCAUAUUGGAUAAAUUAUCAGUUUAAAUUGAUAGUGUUCAUAAAAUUAAGAAAAAUUAAUGUAUAAUUCAAACUAUUUUGUCUACCAGAUAUUUAACAACAAUUAAAAUGUUCGGCAAAAAAUCGAAGGGGUUACUGUCAAUUUAGAUCAUGUUAAAUCAUUCUUAUUUAAUUGCUUAGUAUAUAGAGUUAAAUUUGACAAAAUAAUAGAUCUUGCCUUUGAACAUAUAAGCUUUAUUAUUGUACAAACACCUUGUGUAAUUUGUCAAAUAAUAUUUAAAAUUACCAAUAGUAAUUAAUACGAGAAGUAAAUAUUUCGUAAUUACGAGAAACAUUUAUUGAAAAAUCUGGUUUUCAUAGAAAACUUUGUUCUAAAUUUCUAUCGGCCUUAUCACAAAACUGGUACUAUAAUUGCAUAAAAAGGUAAUAGAUAAAAUAAUUGCAAAUAUUAUGUAUCUGUAGAUUUCAUUGCUACGAAAAACAAAUAAAAUCUUAUCAUUAACUUCGAUUCUCAGCAAGAGAUAUAGGUUAUUAUAAUAUAAGUAAAUAAUGUAUUGCUGCAUUUCUACAUUCUAAAUUGAAAUAAAAAUGUACAGAGAUAAACAUACAAGUUAUUCUGUUCUUGUAGUCUUUACUUGAAUAUGGAAAUGCAGUGUAUGAAAAUUAAAAUGAAGGUUGUAUAAAUAUCGCCGAGGGAUGAAUUAUCCAAUAAAAUAUAAAACUU